AUGGAAUUGUAUGGUCUCCAGCUAACGUGGCCGCCUAACGUCAGGCGUUCCAUCUGUACACGUGACUUGCUUACGACCUAUUCUCCCGAGACUGUUUACUUCUGGGACGAUACGGACAGGAAGAAUCAAAGGGGCAGUAAAAUUCGGGUGACUGUACCUUGGAAUGCUGAAAAGCUAGGGCAAGGAGGGGUCACAGGACUACACGUUUCUAUGACUGUUACUGGGAAAGUUCGCAGUGUCGGUGCUCGUACACUCGCGAGAGUGGUCCAGACUGCGAAGAUCGUAUACAUGAUAACAGUGGAAGUCUACAUGGCGUUGCUGUCGGUCAACUUUCCGAGUGGGAAAGGAGGCAUUAAUCAGAAGGAUCUGCAAAUGUGCGUUGCUGACACACGCAUAUCCCCUUUGCCUAGAGACAGACAGAAAGACUGGAUGAACCAGUAG